AUGCCUUUGAACAACUUCUCACAUCGACCGGGCUUCUAUAAGACGGUCCCCUGCAGGUAUUUCGACUUCCAUACCGGCCGAGAGCUGGAGCCACGAUGCCAGUCAGGCUCUCAAUGCGGCUACAUUCAUCCUGAUGACCCGCAAUGGGCACACCGCAAGAUGCCUCUCAAUAAGUCUCAGCAGCAGGUUGCGAAGCCAUAUUUCCCCCGCGGCCGUACACCACCGCCUCCCCCGCGAGCGUCUUCAUUAGGACCAGCAGAUUAUCGGAAUAAAUACCGGGCGCCGUCACCCCCACCGCGUGAACGGGAUCGUGAGAUCAAACCUGAUCCUGACGCACGUCGCGGGCGUUCAGUGGAACGGAUGCUGCACGACGAACCUCGACGCGGGCGGUCCACAGAGCGUAUGAUGGUCGACGACCCACGUCGCGAGCGGUACGAGCGCCCCCCGCCCAUGGACGUCGACCCGCGCGAUGCGAGUAGAGCGCCUCCAUAUGGCGCCUACCGAGAACACACCCGAGAGCCCCGGGAGCGCCGUGAACCGUCCCGGGAGCGCUAUCCAGACCCGGUCCUCCCGAGAGACCGGGGCAUUCCCACCGACCCCUCCUUCUCGAGCGUGACGCGCACACCGGUGAAAGCUGCCAUGUCCCUAGAACACCAUACUCCGGCCCGGGAGCCUGCGAAUGGUAAUGUUAGUGCAGGACCGUCUAACCAUCAACAGCCGCCCCUUACCUCUAUGUUCGACGCCACCGACGUCGCCGAAAGAGUUAUUGAGUCGUUCAAGAAGAUUGCUGAGAUGACGAACAAGGUGGUACUGGAUACAGCGGCCUACGACAAGGAAGAAGAGAAGCUCGAAACGUACAAUAACCUUGCGUCGACGUUGGCUAAGGUGUCUCCUGCCGCAGUGCAAGCGAUCACGCCGUCACUCGAGCUUGUCAUGGCCACUCGCAAACAACAACGCGAGAAGGUGCAACAAAAUUACUCUCGUUUGACGCAUGUCUGGGAAGAUGUCUUUGCACUGUUCGUUUCUGGCGCGACAAAAGCUAUUGAUGCUGCAGCUGACAACGCUGCAACACGUUUACGGAGAGAGGCCGACGUACAGGUUGAUCGUAUACGCGCCGAAGUAGACGCACACGUGAAGAGGAUUGCGCGAACUGCGCAGAGCGAGCGGGAUCUGACUACUCAUGCGAUCAAGAAGGCACAACGCGAAGAGAUCGUUUCACAGAAGCGCAAGUAUGACGAUGAGCGUCGCUGGGAAGAGCGUCCUGAGCGCUCGUCGUAUAUCAAGGAGCGCGAGAGUGCGAGUGGUUAUGAGCCGGAGGGCAAGCGGCCGAGAUAUAGCGAGAGGGAACUUGCUAGUUUUGCGGAGCAUAGUCGUACGCCGACGCAAAAUCAAUCCCAGCAGGCUGGUUUCCUGAGUGCUGGAGAGCCUCGCAAGGCGUCGCCACCUUCCAGUACUGCUUCAACGCAACACAACGCGCAGCUUACUGCUACUAACGGGGACGAGAUUCCGGGCAUGAUGACUACCACGUCCAGCAUCCAGAGUGGCACGCCGAUGGCUAUAGACGCGUCGCGUAAUGAGUCUCCCAUCAAGGUUCACCUCUGA